AUGGCCGAGCGCUCACCGCAACUGUUCUCGGAUGGUUCUCUGAUUCUGGCCCGGAAGGGCCAGUCGCCCUUCCAACAUGCCGACGCCACCGUCUCAGCCGACCCGAUCGUCCCAGUCGACGCGACAGUCCCAGUCGACCAGACAGCCCCAGCCGACCCGACCAUCCCAGUCAAAGCGACAGUCCGAGUCGACCAGACAGUCCCAGCCGACCCGACCGUCUCCAGACAGCCCCAGCCGACCCGAUCGUCCCAGCCGACCCGAUCGUCCCAGCCGACCCGAUCGUCCCAGUCGACGCGACCAUCCCAGUCGAAGCGACAGUCCGAGUCGACCAGACAGUCCCAGCCGACCCGACCUUACUGGACCUGGGCGGGCGGGCAGUACUCCCAGCGCCGUAGGAGAUACCGGGGAGCGAGCCUGCGGUGGUCUCGCAACCCGGCUAGCAUGUCGCAGUCUGUUGUGCUGCCCCCGGACAGGGAGCGCGUGUUGAGGCUGAGCCGACUUUGUGGUCUGUUUAAGCGCCAACCUGUAGGACGUGACGACGACGUCAACGUGACCUACCGGACAUCUGGAGACAGGAUGGACCCGCGUGUGUCACUACCCGUGGGACUGCUCGUCCUCGUGGUUAUGGCCACCAGCGUGACUGGUCAAGAACAACAGGUGUACCUGGCCACUCAAUCCAACUGGGCCUUUUAUAAGGUUCUUGCAACAGCCAACUUGACCAAUACUGGCACGAAGGCGACAUGUAACGCGGCAGGAAUGAGUUACCCGUGCUACCAGUCAGGUUAUGGUGGGUGUGCGAACGACCACUGGUCCCCAGGCUGCAUCACGUACAACCAUGGUAAUUCCUUAUGUAACACCCACUGGGUCCUCUCCAAAAAACUGUGUGGACAUGACGACUCUCGGCACUGUCAGCCCCUUGAUGACACCUUUGUGUACUGCUAUCCCUGUUGGGGUGGUCGUGGUGAUGACAGCGCCUGGGGAGUGGACUACGACACCAACACUUGGAACCUGUAUGGAGCGGACCACACCAACGCGUACGCCCUGUGUGCAGUUCGUACUACGUGUGAUGACUCACCAUGUGUGCGCGGAACCUGUAUCGCUGGUAACGAAGGCUACACCUGUGACUGUGAGAACGGCUGGACAGGAACCAACUGUGACCGAAUCGCUACUUCGUGUGAGGACUCCCCUUGUGAGCACGGAAACUGUACUGAUGUUGUCGGGGGCAUGGUGAACUACACUUGUACCUGUGACAGCGGCUGGGGAGGACCCUACUGUGAUCAAGCCCCAGAGGUGUACCUGGACACACACGACAAUUGGGCCUUUUAUAAGGUUCGUGCAAUCGGACCUAUGACAAACGCAAACGUCCAGACCACCUGUCAAAUGGCAAGGAUGAGCUACCCGUGCUACUACACAGGUCCUACUUCUGGCUGUACCUAUCACUGGACCACAGGCUGCAUCACGUUUUCCAGGGACCCUUUCGGCGUGUGUGAGACCCUCAGGAUCCUCCAAGAUAAAAUGUGUAGAAUCAUUCACGAGUACGGCAAUAACUGCGAGGCGCUCGAUGACACCUUUGUGUACAUGCAUAACUAUUUUAAUAAUAUCGGCGCCUUCGGAACGGACUACGACACUGGCAGGUCCCACCUGAAUGGAGUGUCCUACGAAAACAUGUACGCCCUGUGUGCAGUUUCUACUACGUGUGAUGGCUCCCCGUGUGUAUACGGUAACUGUACCGAUGGUGACGAAGGCUACAUCUGCACCUGUGAGAGCGGCUGGACAGGACGCAACUGUGACCGAGAUGAAAGUGAAUGUCUGGAUGGCACGCAUAACUGCAGCGCAGACGCAACCUGUACCAUCACCCCCGACGCAUUUACCUGUGCCUGUAACGACGGUUACUACGGGGACGGAUUCACCUGUACAGAUGUCGAUGAAUGUGCGGAUGGCACGCACAACUGUCACCCUCUCGCUACCUGUGCCAACUUCAUCGGCGGUUUCAACUGUACCUGUAACGACGGUUAUGGCGGGGACGGAGUCAACUGUUUCGUUACCCAAGAGCUGGUGCGAGAUCCGUCAUGGAUCGUGGAGUCCUCCGGCACACCGUGGGUCAGCGGUGGAAUAACGUGGGACGCUGCCAAAGUCUUGGAUGGGGACAUUGGUACCUUCUGGAACCCACAAGGUUUGGCGUAUGGCUACAACAACUGGAACAUCGUACUGGACUUCACCGCGCCCCAAACUCUGAUCGGCAUCGCACUCAUUAACAACGGAGGCGGCAGCUGGGACAUUGCAGACUUCACGUUGCAGAAGUCGCUCUCUGCGAGUCCGUACGACUGGGAAGACGUGGUGACCGUUACUGACGUGCAGGGAAGGACGACCCGGCGCCAGGAGUUUGGCGGUUUCCAUGUGACAGCGCGGUACUGGAGAUUCCUGAUCACACGGACCCACGGGGGCUGGCAGCCAAAUGUCAGGGAACUGUUCUUCUACGAACCCUCAUCAGACUUCUGUGACCCGAACCCUUGCCAGAAUGGUGGAGUGUGCACCAGUGCUGGAGAGUCCUACACCUGUGAAUGUGUGGAUGGAUGGGGAGGAACCAACUGUGAAAUCGACCACUGCGACCCCAACCCUUGCCAGAAUGGUGGAGUGUGUACCAGAAGUGGAGAGUCCUACACCUGUGAGUGUGCGGAUGGAUGGGGAGGAACCACCUGUGAAACUGGUUUGUCUGACUUGACCUUCUCCGAUAUCGAGAUGGACCGAAUGACCGUGUCCUGGACGGCGUCUGCUGACCUGGAUGUAACACGAUACCGACUCCGUUACCGCCAUGCCGGGGCUUCGUACCAGGACCUGUCUCCCCCGCCAGCACCGGGCGACACCACGGCCAUCGUACGCGGACUGUGGGCGAAUACAGAGUACAACUUCACCCUGACUGCGUUUGGACAGGACGACGAGCAAAUAGGAGAGAUCAGUGGGACAGAGACAACAGCUGAAGUUAUCGUGAACGUGGACUGCCAUCAGGACCACAUGAGCGUGACCUUCCCUAUUGCAGCGCUAACAGAGGUAGAUGUGGAAAGCUUGCACCUGGUGGACGAGAACUGCCGUUCGACAAUUAGCGAGACGGAUCCCCCGGUGGUGACUCUUCGGACCGGUCUGCAGGAGUGCGGGACGACACAGGAGUCGUCAGAAGAGAAACUCAUCUUCAGUAACGAGGUCUUCGGCAGUCCGGUCGUGCAUGAAAACGGCGCUAUGAGAGGAGCGCCCUUCAGCAAGAAGUUCCAGUGUGAGUUCGUCCGUCAGUACGUGGUCUCACAGGAUCAGAACAUCCUUUUCAACAUUCCGCCUCCUCGCGUGCAAGUUGUGAACGCGGAAAACCAGUUCACCUUCGAGAUGCACAUGUUUCCAUCUGCAGACUUCGCUGAUACCUACACCUCAGACGACUACCCUGUGCAGGUGACCCCGUCUGACCAGCUACACUUCGGACUCAGCGUGAACUCACCUCUGGACAACCUGGAGCUGUUCGCCCUCCACUGCCUCGCCACGCCAAGUGACGAUCCCGAAGCCUCUCCAAGCGUCAACAUCAUUCAAGAAGGGUGCAACAUGGACACAACGCUUCAGCUGAACAAUGCACUGUCUAACGACAUGGCCUUGUACUACUCCAUCCAGUCAUUCAACUUCCCCAACGUUGAACCUCCCAGCCUGGUGUACAUCCACUGCACCAUGGUGGUCUGCUUCAAGGACGACCCGGACUCGCGGUGCAGUGACGGGUGCAUCUCCGCUAGGCGGCGCAGGCGCGCUGUGUCUGACAUGAGCGACGCCCGAGUGCGACGCGCGAGCGAAACGGACGAAACAGUCACCAUCAGCCAGGGACCCUUCAAAGUUGUGGGAGGAGAAAAACAAGCCUCCACCCUGCCCACUGUCGGCAUCGCUGUCGGGGCAGCUGCGGGGAUAGCCGGCGUCCUCCUGAUGGUUGUUGCUGUCUUCCUGGUGAGGAAGAGACGUGGCCGUGACGUCAAGGGGCAGGCCGAGGAUCGUGUCGGUUUUGACAACUACUCGUUCGAGCUCUGGGGGAAGGGCAAGGCAGCCAACGUGACUCCCAAACCCGAGUAG